CCGAACGGAAGCGAAGCGACGAGUUGAGGACGACAAUAAAUAAAUAAUUUACAUUUUUUAUUUAAUUUCAACUCCAGGAGCUCCGGAGGAGACGCGGCGCGCGCGGACCGGCGACGGCGCGCGGAAACUUCAGGAGUGGCUUCAUAAACUGGAGACGCAUCUCUCCCUCCGCCGGGCUGCAGACCGGCUUCAGGAUUAUAUUUAUUAUUCUAAUAGUAUAAAACAUUAUGGAUGAAUCAGCGAGCAGCGUCGUUCGUGAGCGCAACAGAUGAGGACGUGCACGUGACCCCCGAAGGGCUGAGGAGGCUCACCUGGUGAUGAAGCUUCUCUGAGGAUCCUCCUUCUAACUUCCCGUCAGCUGUACGUACAAACACCUUUUCCCACCGCGGUCACACACACUGAAGCCAGCAUGCCCAUCAUCAGCAACGCCAACCACGACUUCAGCACCUACUCAAUCAGCAGCGACGACAGCAGCCUCGACCGAUUCUUCACCGAGAUCCCGGAGACCGAGACCAUCAAGGGCGUCUACUUCCAGCGCGCCCAGCUGCUUCGCGACCGCAAGGCCUCCUACGUCGUCGACCACACCCUGCAGGUUCUCAUCAAUGUCGGGGGCAACCGCUACACCUUCCCCUGGAGCACCCUGGAGCAGUUCCCCCAGAGUCGCCUGGGACGUCUACGUUUCUGCACCACCCCGGAGGAGAUCGCGCGACUCUGCGACGACUACGACGAGACGUGCCGGGAGUACUUUUUCGACCGAAACCCGACCGCCUUCAGGGUAAUCCUCAACUUCUUGGCGGCGGGGAAACUGCGCCUGCUCCGGGAACUGUGCGCCGUGUCGCUGCACGACGAGCUCGACUACUGGGGCGUCGACCCGCGCCACAUGGAGCGCUGCUGCCGCCGCCGCAUGAACACCCGCGUGGAGGAGGUGGUGGAGCGAGAGCGCAAGGAACAGAAGUGGCGGCAGAAGAGGGUGAUGCUGAAGAAAACCACCAUGGAGACCAAAAAGGGCUACCACAAACUGACCUGGAUGCUCCGGGAGGUGGUGGAGAACCCUCAGUCGGGUUUGGCCGCGAAGAUGUUCGCCUGCCUCUCGGUGGUCAUGGUCAUGGUCACCGUCGUCAGCUUGUGCAUCAGCACCAUGCCAGACCUCAGAGACGAAGAGAUCAGGGGCGAGUGCUCCCCGAAGUGCCAGAGCAUGUUCGUGGUGGAGUCCGUCUGCGUGGCGUGGUUCACGCUGGAGUUCCUGCUGCGCUUCGUCAACGCCCAGAGCAAGCUGGCCUUCGCCCGCGGCCCGCUCAACAUCAUCGACGCCAUCGCCAUCCUGCCGUACUACGUGGCGCUGGUGGUGGACGUCAGGGACGCGCCGCGGGACGCCGCCGCCGCCGCGGGCGCCGGCCGAGGCUACCUGGACAAACUGAGCCUGAUCCUGCGGCUGCUGCGGGCCCUGCGCAUCCUGUACGUGAUGCGGCUGGCCCGCCACUCCCUGGGCCUGCAGACGCUGGGCAUGACCAUGCAUCGCAGCAUGCGCGAGUUCGGCCUGCUGCUGCUGUUCGUGUGCGUGGCCGUGACCCUCUUCUCGCCGCUGGUGCACCUGGCGGAGAGCGAGCUGGCGCCGUUCGCCGCCACGCACCCGCAGCACAGCUUCAGCAGCAUCCCGGCCUCCUACUGGUGGGCCAUCAUCUCCAUGACCACGGUGGGGUACGGCGACAUGGUGCCGCGCAGCAUCCCCGGCCAGAUGGUGGCGCUGACGAGCAUCCUGAGCGGCAUCCUCAUCAUGGCGUUCCCCGCCACGUCCAUCUUCCACACCUUCUCGCGCUCGUACCAGGAGCUGAAGCAGGAGUACGAGCAGCUGUGGAAGGAGGAGCGGGGCGAGGAGAUGGCGGCCGAGUCGGAGGAGAGCCGGUCCAAACUCCACCCGCCGCCCGACGGGGUCAAGGACGGUGACGGCGGGCCGGAGAGCCGCGAGGACGCCGUUCCGCCCACGGCUUUCUGA